AGCGAUGGACGAGCAAGAGUUUCGCAGCCGUCUCCAACUAUUCCCCGUCGUGCGCUCUCGCGACUACCGUGCUGAUUUAGAUUCUUCAAGUUCAAAGCAAUCAACUUCACUCUCAGUUGUUGAGCGAGAGGAGGUAAGUGAAUGGCACGAUGCACCCAGCGUUGUUGAGCGGGAAGACUUGAAAGAUCAAGAUACAUUCUGGGAUCAUUUGAAAGCGGCUGCUGAGAAGAAGGUUGGUGAGGUUGAAGCAGAGAGAUUUUGCAAGGCUUUCGAGAAACUUCACAAGAAACUUGUGUAUGAAGAGCUGAAUCCAGAAGCUGCAAAGCGAUACUUAUUAAAUUCUUAAAUUCACGUCUUAAUUACUAUAUGCUUCCAAAGGUUUUGAUUGCGUGGAGAUAUUUCGACUCUCUUUUUCUUUGCUUUUUGAUUAUCACAAUUAGGUAUGAGUGGUCAAAAAUCUCUUCUCGUGUUCAUCUAAUUAUGAUUCUCAUCUUAUAUGGUAGAGAAAGUGAUGUUUGAGACA